AUGGCAGCAUCAUCAUCAUCAUCAAGGCCUAAUAUUCACUCCCUUCCUGAACAAAUCUUGAUUCAGAUCCUCGUUACACUACCGGCAAAAUCACUGCUACAGUUGAGGUCAACCUGCAAAUCAUGGUACUCUCUCAUCACCGAUCGUACCUUCAUUGAUGCACAUCUCAAAUACCAGACGAGCUCAACCAACAACUAUCUCCUCCUCAGGUACAAAUAUGAGCUGCAUAACAAUUAUAAUGUCUGUUACUCAAUACGUUACGAUGAUGAAUCGUUUGCUCAGUAUUUUCAACCCGAGCUUCCACUAGAUUUCAAAAACUUAGAUAUAUACGGGUCUUGUAAUGGGUUAGUAUGCUUGUCUGAGAGACCAUUAACUGCAUCAAGCACCAUAUAUUUAUGGAACCCGGCACUUAGAAUAUUGAAAACCCUCCCAAAAUCUCAAAUAAUUGAUCUCCCUGUGGAUACUCAUAGUACCUUUAUAGCCUUUGGCUUCGACUACCGUGGUAAUGACUACAAGGUAGUGAAGUUUGUGUGCGUCCGACCAGCCACGGAUGAUCCAUCCAACACUCCGUUCCUGGUUGAGGUUUAUAGUCUAAGCACGGACUCUUGGAGAAAAAUUGAUGUCUCUGCCCCUUCGUGUUGUAUUGCUGAUUGGCAACCUACAAUCAUGAACGGAGCUGCCUAUUGGACUGCAUAUAGGAAAACCGAGGGGAAAUUGGUUUAUAGUCUUUUGCAAUUCGGAAUGUGUGAUGAAGUUUUUACAGAGGUAAUGCUGCCGGAAGGUAGUGCUCGGUGUAGAUAUCCAUGUAUUACGGUCUUUGGGGAAUCACUGUGUCUUUAUAAUUUUGGUUGGAGUACAUUGUGCGAGUGUGAUGUGUGGACAAUGGAGUGUUGCAAAAUGGGAACUUGGACAAAACGAUGUACUGUUAAUUUUUCGGAUCUGAAUUUGACACAGAUAGGCUUCAGAAGGAACGGCGAACUUCUGCAAGUAAAUCACAAAAACGAUCUGGUGUCUUAUAAUCUUGAGAACCAGCAAGCUACGGAUACUGGAAUCCAUGCUCGUCGAAUUUCUUAUCUACAUUCUUAUGUGGAGAGUCUUGUUCUACUUGACAAGGGAGAUUCGUUUUUCACAUCAUCCUCAUCCUAG